AUGCAGCAAGCAGAUACAAAAUCAUUUUUCUAUGAGAAGCAUAUAAAGUUCCUUGACUCAAGUGAUAGAAUAUCAGAUUACAAUGCUUUUUUGAACUAUCUUUCAUCAUCAAACGAUCAAAUCAUUUGGAGAAAUGAUUGGAAAGUUUUCAAUCAAAUUGAUGGAAUUUGUUUUUACAAACUUAAAAAAGAUGAUCUUUUCAACAUUGUGAACAUUUCAAUAGAAAUUUUAAUUGACAGUGAAAUGAAUGUGAGAAUUAUAAGUGAGGGAAAUGAAGCUGAGAUAUUAGAGAUUCAGUGGCUGCUUAAAGAUAUGAAACUUGAAUAUUGGAAUCAAUUUCACUGCUUACUCGAUUAUUAUGGAAGUGAGCCAAUAAUAAAAUUAAAAACCAAUCCAUCUUAUCAUGUUCAAAAAGCCAUAGAAAAUUUAAACAGAAUUUCAUCCUUAUCAACUGUUGAUAAUCUCAUAAAUCCAGUAAAAACGAGGCUAGCUGAAGUUCUUGACGAAAUUUGUUUCAAUAAAGAUCCAUUCCUUGCUUCUGAUGUAAAAGUUGAAGAUAUGGUAAUAAAAGAAGAGCCUGAAUAUGGAAAUGUUGCUGUUGAAUGCGUAAUGUUUGAAGAGCCUCUAAGGGAACCUGUAGCAACGUUUGAAGAUGAAGUAAAAAAACAUUACACUAAUAAGGCAAAAAGACUUAAAAACACUAAUAAAUCUGAAAUCUGUAAAAUAAUAAAAGAUUCCAAUGAAGAAUCACAAUCAACACAAUGUCAAUUUUGUGAUAAAAUUUGUAAAUCAAGAAUGCAUCUUCAUAGCCAUCUUCAUAACGCACAUGUUGAUCACGGCUGUUGUGAUAUAUGCGGCAAAGUUUUCAAAUCAAAAAAGCGCCUGAAAGCACACAUGACACUUCACAAAGAAAGAGAACGAGCAAAAUGUCCACAUUGUGGUGAUGAAAUGCUUCCUCAAAAUCUUCGACGAUAUAUUCGUGUUAGUCACGAAGGUUACAGACCAUUUGGCUGGUAA